GUGGGGAGGCAAGGGAGCAGCGCGGUGGGAGCCGGGGUGGAGACCUCCAGCCCGGCCUCUAGACUCAGUCUAGCCUUUGACCCUCGGUCUCCCGCCGCUCCCUUGCAGGGGGCGCCCUGGGAACCGCUGCCCCGGCCACAGAUCGCUCCUUUCGGUCCCGAGCACCGAGCGGAGCGCAGCACACCCGCGCCGGCGGCAUGGCGGUGUCCUGGAAGAGCUGGCUGGCCAACGAAGGGGUUAAACACCUCUGCCUGCUUAUUUGGCUGUCCCUAAACGUCCUACUUUUCUGGAAAACCUUCUUGCUGUACAACCAAGGGCCAGAGUACUACUACAUCCACCAGAUGUUGGGCGAUUGUGUUUAAGCAGAGCUUCUGCAUCUGUCCUGAACCUCAACUGCAGCCUUAUCCUUUUACCUAUGUGCCGAACAGUCCUGGCCUAUCUUCGAGGAUCACAGAAGGUCCCUAGCAGGAGAACAAGAAGAUUAUUGGAUAAAAGCAAGACUUUACACAUCACCUGUGGCAUAACUAUUUGUAUUUUCUCAGGUGUGCAUGUAGCUGCCCACUUGGUGAAUGCCCUCAACUUUUCAGUGAACUACAGUGAAGAUUUUCUUGAACUGAAUGCAGCAAGAUACCAGAAUGAGGAUCCCAGAAAGCUUCUCUUCACAACUGUUCCAGGUCUGACGGGUGUCUGCAUGGUGGUGGUAUUGUUCUUAAUGGUUACAGCUUCUACCUAUGCAAUAAGAGUUUCUAAUUAUGAUAUCUUCUGGUAUACUCACAACCUCUUCUUUGUCUUCUACAUGCUGCUGCUGUUGCAUGUUUCAGGUGGCUUGUUGAAGUAUCAAACCAAUUUAGACACUCACCCUCCUGGCUGCAUCAAUCUUAAUCGAACCCCAUCUCAGAAUACGUCUGUACCAGACUACGUCUCAGAACAUUUUCAUGGAUCUUUGCCUGGAGGGUUUUCAAAAUUAGAAGAUCAUUACCAGAAAACACUUGUGAAGAUUUGCCUGGAAGAGCCCAAGUUCCAAGCUCAUUUCCCACAGACCUGGAUUUGGAUUUCUGGACCUUUGUGCCUAUACUGUGCUGAGAGGCUUUACAGAUGUAUCCGGAGCAACAAACCUGUCACCAUCAUCUCAGUAAUCAAUCAUCCCUCAGAUGUCAUGGAACUCCGUAUGGUCAAAGAAAACUUUAAAGCAAGACCUGGCCAGUAUAUUAUUCUGCAUUGUCCCAGUGUAUCAGCAUUAGAAAACCACCCAUUUACUCUCACAAUGUGUCCUACUGAAACCAAAGCAACAUUUGGUGUCCACUUUAAAGUAGUAGGAGAUUGGACAGAACGAUUUCGAGAUUUACUACUGCCUCCAUCAAGCCAAGACUCUGAGAUUCUGCCCUUCAUUCAAUCUAGAAAUUACCCCAAGUUAUACAUUGAUGGUCCAUUUGGAAGCCCAUUUGAGGAGUCACUGAACUAUGAAGUUAGUCUCUGUGUGGCUGGAGGCAUUGGGGUCACUCCGUUUGCAUCGAUACUAAACACUCUACUGGAUGACUGGAAACCAUACAAGCUAAGAAGACUGUACUUUAUCUGGGUGUGCAGAGAUAUCCAAUCAUUCCAGUGGUUUGCAGACUUGCUCUGUGUGUUGCAUAACAAGUUUUGGCAAGAAAACAGGCCUGACUUUGUGAACAUCCAGCUGUACCUCAGUCAAACAGAUGGGAUACAGAAGAUAAUUGGAGAAAAAUAUCACACACUGAAUUCGAGACUUUUUAUUGGGCGUCCUCGGUGGAAGCUUUUAUUUGAUGAAAUAGCAAAAUGUAACAGAGGGAAAACAGUUGGAGUUUUCUGCUGUGGACCCAGUUCUAUUUCCAAGACUCUUCAUAAUUUGAGUAACCGGAACAACUCAUAUGGGACAAAAUUUGAAUACAAUAAAGAAUCCUUCAGCUGAAGCGUUAGGAGACUACUGGGACUCUAAAGAGGAACAAGUGCAAUUUCUAAGACUUAGAGACUCGGCUGAAUCAAACAGCUGUGCUAAGCCAAAGAAUAUCAAGGUUUUGCUAUUUAUGAUUAUUUAAAAUGGGAAUUCAGAAAAUGUGGCAAAAUGACAUGGUUAAUCUGCAAGCCAAAAGGGCCCUGAAGAAUAUUUGAUGUGGUGAUUUACAUUUUGAUGGACAAAUUAAAAGAAUGCAGUUAGACUCACACUGUUGAUUUUUAUGGGAAAUUCAAGAACUCUCUAACGAGGAGCUGAACUCACUCUGAAGCUGAUAGCUUCAGCCCUCUUUAAAUUGUUUUUGGUUGAACAGAUUCAAGAUUGAACAAAAUUAAAAAUUCAUUGAAACUCAGACUCCAUUUUCUAUGUUGUGUAUAAGUGGAGUGGCUUUAAUUUGGAUAGGCUCCAGGAAAACACUUGGAGGUCGAAACUGUAGCACAAAACUUUGUAUCAAUACGGGUACUUCAUGUCUGCUGCUUCACUACUGACUCAAUCCUCCUUGUAGUGUUCUUAAUCUACAUGCUCACAAGCCUUAUGCCCAUGUGGAUGUAGCAUCUACUUUCUUAUUUUUGCAUCUUAUCAUCUGUCUAGGAAAAUCUGCUCCCCCUUAGCCAACCUUGGACACAAUGAUUUAAUAGAACUGUUUGAUCACCAGUUUGUUCAAUUUAGUCCUAUGGCAUAGUAAUGAAAACUGAAUGCAUAGCCUCCUAGGGUGCUUUUUUUCAGUUUAUGCUUAGACACCAAAGAGCUUUGUAUCUUGCACCAAAUACGGAAGCACAAGACCUCUCUCCUUUGACUCCUUUGACUUUGAUUUCAGAUAAAAGGUAUUUAAAUCAUGUUCCAGAAAUGGGACUCCACUUUGCUUUCUACAAAAGUAGAACUUUUUCAGUAUUUAUUCAAAUUUCAGUUUAGAAUCACUAAUAUUAUCUUUUCACUGUUUGAUAUGGUGAGUUACUAGCUUUAAGUACCCUGUUCAUGUGAUCCAAUUGGUAUAUGAUCUCUCAUUAUUUAAUAUUCCUGAAUCAGAAGGACAAUCUACUUUACUACCUUAAUAAAGAAGAUAUUCAUAUAGUUUAACUGAGUAGAUAACUAUUAAUGCUACCGAAUAGAACACAUUGCUGAAAUUAGUUCCCUGACUUAUGAUUGUUAAUUUUUUGUGUAUCACAUGAUAACGAAAAACCCUGUUAUUAUUUGGUUUUAAUGUGAUUCACCACUAACAGAGAAGCAUACUAAAACAUAUAACACCAAAUAACCACCUGUACUUUUAGUAAUACGUUUUUAAUUUAUUCUUGGAACACUUUCUUAUCCCUCCUAUGGGCAAUGUGCAAUGCUCGUGUAGAUUGAACUGUGGAGACAUAUAAACUAUGACAUCUUGGCAAUGCUGUCUAGAUUAGAACGGGAUUUCACAAAACACAUAUUACAAAGAACUCAUAAAAAGAAACUUGAGUUUGUUCAGGCUUGAUGUGCAAUACUGACUCCUUAUUGAUCAUAACUUAUUCAUAUGACUAUGUGAAUUCACCAUAUUUUAAUCAUUCAGGUCAAACUUAGGGAAAAAAAAGGUGAUAUUUCAGACUUGCCUGCUAUGUUGAGCAAACUUCCUUGCCUAAUCUAAAUUCCAGUGCAUGUUCAAGCAUCUAUAUGUUAAACAUAGCUUAUUUUUUAAGAGAAAUAAAUUAAAGCCUUAUCACACAAGUAGAAGACAGCUUUGUUUCCUUUGAUAAAUUCUAUGGUGGCAGUUACUGUUGUGUAAGCCUUAAAUCACUAAUUUUGAUGGCAAUAAAUAUUAAAAUUAAAA